AUGGAAACCCAAGACCUGGACACCCACGCUCUCUCCACGGAGCUUCCAGGUGACCAUCCUUCCUGCCAGCCUAACUCCUUUGAAGAAAAGGUCUCAGAUGUGGAAGAGAAAGAGCUUGAAGGAAAACCCCAAACACUUUCUCCCCAGACAACGGAGAGUGGAGCUCCGAGGAGAGCAGAGCCCAAGAGAGCUGGCAAGUCCCAGGAAAGGAGGCCGAGAGCUCGGAGCAGGAACGGCAGCAGCUCGAGCCCAGGUACAGGAUUAUCUCUGGUGACCUCGGGAAAGAGGGACGACACGGACCCCGACUCUGUUGAGGAGACCCCGGCUGCCCGCCGCAGAGGCCGCUCCAGGGCUCGCCGUGUGCACCGCAAGCGGCCCCGAGCCUGGUCCCCAGGAGACCAGCCACCGCCACUUCGGAGAAGCCUGGUGACCACCCUGCGGACUCUGUCCGAGGCCAUCUACCAGGAUAUGGUCCAGGUGCGGGCCCAGCAGGCACAGGCCCCGCUGACCUGGGAGCAGCUCUUGUGGCUGUCCCAGCUCCGGGGGUCUCUUCACGCCACCAUCCAGACCUUCUACACCCUGGCCAACCAGGCGGCCUACGUCUUUCCUGCUGAGAGCUGGCUGACCCCGACCCCACUGCCCGUCCCCAGGGACCCAGCCCGGCACAGAGAAGAAGCCCAGGAGGAAUCCUAG